CUGAAUACUCCCGCGCCGCCACGCAGUAGCUGCCUCAACUCGCCCUCCCUGCGCGCCCCUGCUGCCACCCCCUGCACCCCUGCUUGCACUCCCUCGCCCGCUCCCACGUGGGCAGCAGCAGGAGCAUGCGCGUGCAGGCGAAAGCACAGAGUGGGCGAGAGAAGCAGAGGCAUGCAUGCAGGCAAGGGCGGCGGGUGUGUGGCGAGGGAGAGGCGGAGGGUGAGAGCGCGUGUGGCGGGUGGAGUUGAGGGAGUGGCGGGCGUUGGAGUGGGUGAGGGAGGUGGCGGCGGUGGGUGGGCAGCAGGGAGGGCGCAGCACAGCAGCACGUGGUUGGGCAAGCCGUCGUCCACGAGUGCCCACGGGCACGCGCCCCAGCUCACUAGCAGCGCAUUCGUGUUGCACUUGCCUCAUGCCUUGCGCCCUCUCAUGCCCUCACCGCACGCACCACUCUCGCACCACUCUCCCCACUCACUCUCCCCACUCACUCUCCCCACUCACUCUGCCCACUCACUCUCCCCACUCGUUAUCCCCACUCACUCUCCCCACUCGUUAUCCCCACUCACUCUCCCCACUCACUCUCCCCACUCACUCUCCCCACUCACUCUCCCCACUCACUCUCCCCACUCACUCUCCCCACUCACUCUCCCCACUCACUCUCCCCACUCACUCUCCCCACUCACUCUCCCCACUCACGCGUGUUGCACGGGUGAGCGCGAUACUGAGUCAAGCGGCAGGGUGGUGGGGUGUGUGUGGGAGAGGCUUACGGGAAAGCGGAGUGGGGCGGUGAUGAGUGGUGCGGUGGUGGCGCGGAUGGCGAGUGAAGCGCGCUGCCCACACGCGCACCAGCCCUAA